GGCUUUAUUCGAUGUCAGGAAAAGGAAGACCCUCGAAUGCGUUGCAGCAGCGAGCAACAGGCUGGAGGGAUGUCUGAAUCUUGCAAUCUGCGGCUGCUGAAUCCUGUGACUUUUGAAGAUGUGGCUGUGUAUUUUACAAAGGGCCAGGGGGUUUUGCUGGAUGCAUAUCAAAGGGCCUUGUAUAGGGAUGUCAUGGUGGAAAACUUCAGGAAUGUGACCUCCUUAGGUUUUCCAGAUGCCAAACCAGACCUUAUCUACUGCCUGGAACAAGGAGAAGACCCUUGGUUUCUGGAUUCUCAAGACUUGGAGAAUUCCCACCUGAGCUCAGAUGAGAGGAGAGAAAAGCACAUGAGCAUUAUUUGUGGAGAACGUUUCAUUUGGAGACAAAGCCUUACCAAACACCAGCCAGUUGACACAAGAGGGAAGCCCCAUAAAUGUUUGGAGUGUGGGAGCUUUUUUUCUAAGAAAUCAAAACUUGUGGUCCAUCAGAGAGCCCACACAGGAGACAAACCAUAUAAAUGCUUGCAGUGUGGAAACUGUUUUGAUUGGAAAUCACGGUUUGUGGUCCAUCAGAGAAUCCACACUGGCGAGAAGCCAUACAGAUGCUUGGAUUGUGGGAAGUGUUUUGCUUACAAAUCAGGCUUCUUAAGACACAAGAGAAUCCACACGGGAGAGAAAUCGUAUCAGUGUUUGGAGUGUGAAAGAUGCUUUUCUCAGAAAUCACAACUCUUAAGGCAUCAUAAAGUACAUACAAAAGAGAAACCAUAUAAAUGUUUAGAGUGUGGAAAAUGUUUUGCUGACAAGUCAAGCUUUCGAUAUCACCAGGGGAUCCACACAGGCGAGAAUCCCUAUAAAUGCUUGGACUGUGGGAACUGUUUUGCUAAGAAAUCCAAACUGGUGAUCCAUCAGAGAAUCCAUACAGGAGAGAAGCCGUAUAAAUGCUUGGACUGUGGGAACUGUUUUGCUCGGAACUCACAACUCAUAAGGCAUCAGAAAGUACACACCAAAGAAAAACCUCAUCGGUGUGUGGAGUGUGGAAAAAGUUUUGCCGAGAAAGCAAAACUCAAGAUCCACCAGAGAACCCACACAGGAGAAAAGCCAUUUCAGUGCUUGGAUUGUGGGAAGUGUUUUGCUUGCAAAUCAAGCUUCCUAAGACACAAGAGAAUCCACACGGGUGAGAAAUUAUAUCAGUGCUUGGAGUGUGGGAAAGAUUUUGCUCAGAAAUCACAACUCAUAAGGCAUCAGAAAGUACAUACAAAAGAAAAACCUUAUCAGUGCUCAGAGUGUUCAAAGUGUUUUGCUGAGAAAUCACAACUCCUAAGGCAUCAGGAAGUACACACGGAUGACAAACCGUAUAAAUGCUCGGAGUGCGGAAAAUAUUUUGCCGAGAACUCACAACUUGUGAGACAUCAGGAAGUCCACACGAAAGAGAAACCCUAUAAAUGCUUGGAGUGUGAGAAAAGUUUUGCUCGGAAAUCAAAGUUCAUAAUCCACCAGAGAGUUCACACAGGAGAAAAACCAUUUCAGUGCCCCAACUGUGAGAAAUGCUUUGCUUGCCCAUCAAACCUAGUGACGCACCAGAGGAUCCACACUGGGGAGAAGCCAUACAAAUGCUUGGAUUGUGGAAAGGCUUUCACUCAAAAACCAAGCCUUGUGGCGCACCAGAGAAUCCACAGGGGAAGAUAGCUUGUAAUGCCUUGCUGAAAGAGGCAAGGUGGUGCGUUGUGAAAGAAUCCACAAAGAGUGAAACGCUGUAAAUAUGUCAGCUAUAGGAUACGUUUGCUCAUGACUCAUCUUCUGUAAACUACCGGAGUCUGUACAGAGAGUGAGGUCCACAGAUGAUCAGGGAGCAAAAAUUGGUUUGUCUGGAAAUUACAAAUCUCACAGCACCAGAAAGUAUACAUUAGUUAGGUUCUUGGAAUGUUGAAAUUAUUUUGCCCAGAAACGUCUUUUAUUUAUUUAUAGGUACUGUAUAUAGAUGUAGAUAUAUUUUGUGCAGGCAGAUCAUCCACAUAGAAGAGAAAGGAAUGGGGGUUUGUUGUCGUGAAAAUAGUGUUUGGCAUUAUGCAUAAACAAAAACCAUUUCUCCAUGCAUUCUCAGCCUUAUAUAUAAUAAACACGUCGUGCGAACAUAUAUA